AGGCCCAAACUUCCUCGUUCCGCGAAGUGAGCAGGAAGGCGGAGCCUCCAAAAGUCGGAAACAGUCCGCCCUCUCCAUGCACAGCAGAUUUUGACCCCCACUCUGGAAGCGGUAUCUAGAUCACCAUGGCAACUGGGCAGAAGUUGAUGAGAGCGAUUAGAGUUUUUGAAUUUGGUGGACCAGAAGUGCUGAAACUCUUGUCAGAUAUUGUAGUCCCGGCUCCAGAAGACCAUCAGGUUCUAAUCAAAGUCCACGCAUGUGGUGUCAACCCCGUGGAGACCUACAUUCGCUCUGGUAUUUACAGCAGGACACCACCCUUACCAUAUACUCCUGGCACUGAUGUGGCUGGGAUAAUAGAAUCCAUUGGCAGUAAUGUGUCUGCUUUCAAGAAAGGCGACCGAGUCUUCACCACCAACACCAUCUCUGGGGGCUAUGCAGAGUACGCUCUGGCCGCAGAGCACACGGUGUACGCGCUCCCGGCCAACCUGGACUUCAGACAGGGAGCUGCCAUUGGCAUCCCGUACUUCACUGCCUGCCGAGCUCUGCUGCACAGGGCCCAUGUGAAAGCUGGAGAAAGUGUUCUGGUUCACGGUGCUAGUGGAGGAGUUGGGCUAGCCACGUGCCAAAUUGCUAGAGCUUAUGGCUUAAAGGUUUUGGGUACAGCUGGUGGUGAGGAGGGAAGAAAGGUUGUUUUGCAAAAUGGAGCCCAUGAAGUUUUUGAUCACAGAGAAGCUAAUUAUAUUGAUAAAAUCAAGAAAUCUGUUGGUGAAAAAGGAAUUGAUGUGAUUAUUGAAAUGUUAGCUAACGUAAAUCUUAGUAAUGAUUUGAAACUUCUGUCAUAUGGAGGACGAGUAAUAGUCGUUGGCAGCAGAGGUUCUAUUGAAAUAAACCCACGGGACACCAUGGCAAAGGAGACUAGUAUAACGGGAAUAUCUCUGUUUUCAUCAACCAAGGAGGAAUUUCAGCAGUUUGCAUCAGCUCUUCAAGCAGGAAUGGAAAUUGGUUGGCUGAAACCUGUGAUAGGGUCUCAGUAUCCCCUGGAGAAGGUCGCCCAAGCUCAUGAAAAUAUCAUUCAUGGCAGUGGAACUGUUGGAAAGAUGGUUCUUCUGAUAUGAUUCUUUCAUGGGCUUCCAGUCUAAUUAGGAGGUUUUCUUUCUUCCACCUUAUUUACAUUGUCAUUAACUAACAUAUGAUUCGGUUAAUUUGUCUUAAAAAAAAAAACAAGAUUUUUCUUUAGGGAGUAGAGACAGUGGAGUAAAGUUUUAUAGCUGGGAAUCAUUUUUAAUGCCUUCUAUCUUAAAUCAAGGAGUUAUCAUAGUAGUGUGCACUUGGCAUUGGUGUACAUUUCAGAAAUUUUUAACUGAUACUUGUUUAAUUCCAUGCUAUUGACUAAAGCAGGCUACUGCUAAGUCAAACUGGUUGCCAAGUCUACUAAUCUUAUUAAAGGUUCAUUAAUCACCUUUGAUGAGCCCAUAGCUCUAUGGGACCUCACAGACAUUCUGGACUUAAAAAAAUUUUUUUAAAAAUCCCUUUUCCAAGAUAAUCUCAUUGAUAGUUACUUAGAAGGGAGAAAUUUGUUGAUUUUUUUUUCUCAGCAUUUCGCUAAAUAGUAGAAAAUUCACACUAUCACUAGGUGAUUGUCAGUGACCUGUGUAUGUAGCCUUCGUGUAGUACUUGCCUCACAUUACUUUGGCAUAGCUACUAAUGGUUACUUACUAGUGCUGUUCUGUGUUGGAAACCUUUACCUAAACUAAAUAAAGGAACAAACUUGGAAA